CAAAGGCAUAAGAUGGUUCACACGCUUGCGUCUUCUCGAUAAUCUAGGGUUGGUAUCCAGAUCUGGGAUUGUGUUUUCAUCGGGUGUUUAGGGCUUGAAGCUAUUGCGGGGAUGAAGCAGUUCCACGUCGCAAUAUAUGAGAUUGUGGAUGAUCCUUCACUGGAUUCAACAAUCUCAUGGAGCAAAAACAACAAGAGUUUUGUCAUCUGGAAUCCUAAUGAGCUAUUCACCAAAAAGAUUCUUAAGAGAUUCUUUUGCUGCAAUCUGUCACAGUUUCUCACCGAACUUGACACAUACGGAUUUGUAAGAAUUAAGGGAUCUGAGCACUUGGAAUUCGGACAUAAGCAGUACUUUGUGAGAGGUAAACCUGAGCUUUUGAAGAAGAUGCGUCUCGAAGCUGCGAUGAAUAGGAUGAAGAAAAGUGCCCAGAGAGCCAAAGCUAGAGCCGAAGCAGAGAAGAACGGCUCUGUGACUGUGAGACGUGAACCUCGGAUUAUAAUAAAUGCCGACGAAGCAAGGAUGAGGUACAAGCAAAUAUUUGAAUCAUCAUCAUCAUCAACGAUUGCUAAAACGCCACUAGAGAAUCGCUUCCGACAUCUACGAAUUUGAUCACUUGUUCCAGUAAUAAUUGGGGUUUUCCAGUAAGACAAUGCAUGUUUUGCUUAACCUUUAUAUUUUAAUCUAUUGCUAUUUUGUAUCAAACCUUGUCCCGAAUAUUACUUUGUGUAAUAUUUAAAUGGUAGCUUUCUCACUGGCUGAAACA